CUAAAUUUAUCCCGCGGAAUUUAAAAAAGGCGGUACAAGCGGUAUAUAUUAUAAAAAGCGACGCGAGGCGAAAACUCGAGCGACUCUUAACACAGUAAUGUACUCCAUGGAAGCGCGACAGUUUUGCAGACGCGUGAAUAAACGCGAUGCUAAUGGGAGGUGAUGAUGAUCAGACAUCUGUGUUUCAUGCUGGAAACACGCGGCGAGAAUUACGGACAUUUCUCUUCGGGUUAAAAUUAGCUCCUCCGGUGCAAUCUUCCUCCAUUCCAGUAGGUGAUCACACGUCCCGUCAUAUAUGAUGGAAGAUUCAUGGAGGUGGUCCCAUUGUUACACGGGCGAGGAGAGGCUGGCAGCGCCGCCGCCGUCACCGCCGUCGUCAGUUCGUUCAUCCCCGUUUCCGCGCCAAGCAGGCGAGAGCGCACUUUUAUCACUGUCGAGAAACGGAAUUCUCGUUCCAAGUUCUACGCGCAUAUAAGGUCUAGAUUCCAUGGCACGAAUUAUACGCUAUUUGGGCCAACGUAUGCCGCUCGCGUGCUUCCGUAAUUCCGCUUGUUUCACAAUUGGGAAGAGAGGAGCCGAUACUUUCCAUCACGAAAAGUGCGGUCGGGGUGGUGGUGCGCGCAAGAUACUCGGAUAUCGCGUGUGGCAAAUUCUACUUUUGUCCCGCGCGCGUACUUUUGUACGUUACGCAAAGUUAUGCUGCCGUUUACAGAAUAAAUCAUGCUUUCUUCAACAGCCACGCAGCGGCGUCCGCCUGUUGUAUAUUAUUACGCAAACUUUUUCCCUUCGCCUUUCGUUUCCCCUCCGCUUUCAAUGGGAAAUUUCUCAAACGUGGAGAGUGGGAGGGAGAGGAAAGUGGACUGGAUGCAUGUAACAGAACGCGGAUCCCGCAGUCUCUCGUCUAGAAAAUGCCACGUGAAACGACCGACGGGAAUACGUUACCUGUCGGAUGCCGAGUGGCGGCGGACGCGAAAGGAUAAAUCGAGUUCAGCUAUGCGAAACUAAUAAUGCCGCGUGCCUGUCCGGCGUUUUCCCUCGAAACGGAGCGGCGCCGUUCGCUCGCUCGCUCGGCUCGUGCAGCUACGUGCUUCCGCAAGUGAAGCCGAUAUAUAACGUGGGGUGUAUAAUAUAAAUUAACGAAUGUGCAGGGUGUCGUUCGCUCCUUUACGUCCGUCACUUCGUAAUUCAGCGCUGACUCACGCGCCGCACAUGCCAACCGAACGCCGCGUACAAUGACUCAUGCACGCGUACGGUAUCUCCUCCCUUCAACAUGACGAAUUAGGGUACGUCCUCGAGAAGAAAGAAAAAAUAAGCUACACUGUACCCUGUAUGGUCUGCCCAAGCUUUGUGAUUUUUUUCCAACUUUUUGCCGAGUCCAAAAUUAAAUUAGCCACUGAUAGCCAAAUUCAAAAUAGAAAACAUUUUUAAUUGAUUUAAAUUGCGGGACAAUUUCAAAUAUUUACGUGGGUGCAGUAAAGAGCUUCAGAAGUGCCAUUUGGUCGUAUUGGAUACAUACGGAUCAAUACGACCUAAUUAUGUUUUUUGUUUCUCGUUUUCACAAAAAGUGUUAGAAAAAUGAAUAAUAAAGUGAUUUAACGUUGCAUUUGUAAGUUUACAAGUUUAUUAACACAUUGACGUAAAAUAGGUUAGUUAUUAUUUAUUUAUUCAAUAGAUCGUUGACAAUAGUUCUUUGGGUACUCUUACGUGUCAAUGUGUUAAUAAACCCGUAAACUUAUAAAUGUAACGUUGAAUUACUUUAUUAUUCAUUUUUCCAACACUCUAUUAGCUUAUCUUAGUUUUUUCCUUUUAAAUAGCGGUUCGGGACGUGGAUUAAAAUUUAUUUGGAAUAAUAAAAGUACCGAAAAAACACUACAUUCAAUGUGUGUGUGUACUACAUAUUAAUCUAGGUCUAGAGUAUUGAUUCUAUUUUACAAAGUUCCCUUUCUUUGAUUAUAUGCAGAAUUUUGUAGUGACGAAAAUAUAUAUUAAAUACAGCAAAGUAUAAAUACAAAGCUACAAUAAUGUGAAUUGUGAUUAAUAAUAAUAUUAAAUCAAAAAAAUUCUACCUUUGACCUCUCACCGCCAACAACAGAAUAUUCAAACCGAGUAGUCAACUGUUCAAGCAAAUUGCGUUAACAAUUUGUACGACGUACUAGCGUCGCACGUUCAAUUCACCAUGUAACUACUUAGAAACAGUAAGUAGACCAUACUGGAUACAGCCACCUUACAUUGGAACACCUCAUCACACGUUUGAGAACUAACUUCGGUUCAGUUUCAAUUUCCGUGUUCAAUUUCUGCCCGGUAGAUACGUACAGAUAAAUAAUCCCCUUCCCCCUGCCACGAGAAGCAAAAUAUUUAUUUAUAAGCGCAACUACGUCGAGAGUUACUUCGUGCCACCCUCACCUCCCAUCUGUCCUCAAACUGAAUUCGCGAUUGCCUUACAUUCGAACGCGAACGCGCAAGGUUUCUUCCAAUUUUGACGAACUUUUCGAAGUGGGUUGAACAGCUAUAACAAAUGGACAUCCUGCUGCGAGACAUGAACGCGCCGUGGCGAUGACAAGCCUGAUCUUGGAGAACGCCGACUUGAAUCGACUCUUUCCGAAAUGCCGGCCUAGGGGCGGUCCACCCCCGGCCCCGGGGGCCUCCACGCAGAGCAGCCAGCAGCCGCAUGACAGCCCCUGCCAGACGGAGGCCGCCGCUAUCACCACCACCGCCACCGCCGCGACCGCCGCAACAGCCGCUGUCACCAUCGCCUCUACGAACACGUCGACGAGCGCCUCCGCGAUAUCGGACGACAUGAUCGACCUCGAGCGCGACACCUCCGACAGGUAUAGGAAACGAGCGAAUGGCAGAAAAAAAUCAGGUUCGCUGUCCCGUAGGACGGCGAGCGUGGUGCCCGGUUUCACGGUCGAGGGCCAGCUGCCGCACGCCACAAAGCCGCUUUCGUCGAGCUCCUCCUCGGCGUCCGGGCGCAGCGAGGACGCGCCGCAAUACGGUAGCCUGCCGGGUAGCGAUCAUCAGGGACAAUCGCAGCAGGACGACAGCGGACCCGAGGGAAGCCCCGUGUACAUUUUGACCUCGGCCAAGGGAGGCGCCAGCUAUAAGCUUCGGGAUUCAAGAAUUAUAGAAAUCGCUGGUGGCCGAGAGGUAUUCUCGCAGAGGGAGAGCCGAGGGAAGGUGGCAGCUAGGAAGUCGCGAUUUCUGGCUGCAUCGAAUUCCAUAAAUAACGAGGACAUUCAAACUGAUAAUAAGCUGUCUGUUAAGAAGAAUAAUAAGUCCCCCAGCUCGCAGACCAUAUGGGAGUUACGGAGCCGAUGCGGUGAGACCAGAAAGCAACGCUCGAAUCGGGAAGUGACGGAGACCGUGUUCGCCUCUGAGGUACACUCGGUGCGACGUAACGCCACGAAAUCCAUUCUCGAUUACGACUCACCUAAGAGCAACCGCAGCAGUCGCAUAAUCAAUUAUGAUUCGAUCCUGAAUAGCAAUAAUGUAGAGUAUACCAUACCGAAGAGUAUUACCGAUCUGGACUAUGGACUACCAAAGAGCUGCGUAGAUUAUCAGUCGAAUCACAACACACCCGCGAGAAGUAUGGCCAUUGUCAGCGACGGCGAGGUUGUGGUGUUCGACGAUAUCGAUGACAAUUGGCAAGGACUGCGGCUGGACUUGGCAUCGAGCAAUACGAAUCAGGUUACGACGACGAGUCUGGACUUGGAGACGGAUGAUUCGCAGCGAGGUCGUAUCGCGCCGGAACCGCCGAGUUCCAGCGUCGGCAGUACUCCUAGUCCUACGACGGCAUAUCAUCGCAAUUCUUCGGAAUUUUUCAAAGUUGUCACCCCGGCGAGCGAUUGCGAGGCAGAUUCUCCUUCUCCAGAACGUAAUCAUAAAGUCGCGAGAGUUAUUGGUGAAUUACCAAUCGCUCAGUAUUCUGGCAGCCCGAGACGUUAUGGGGUUCGCGAGAAUACACAGCUUCCCAGCUUAUUAUCGUCACCUUCAAUGUACAUGACACCGAGGCCUGGUUUCCCGCAAAGAGUAUUGCCAACAACACCAAAUCACAAUGAGAAGGAGGAUACUUCUGCAGAAAUCGUAGUAGACAAGACUGUGAUAGAAAAUAUUAGCACCGAAGAUCAGCCUAUAAAUUCUUCAUCUCCAUCGCCAAAGGUCGAAGAGGAAGAAGAAGACUCCUUAAAGCCAUCGACUUUGCCUGCUGAUAAUAUAAGCAGUCUUGUCUCGCCCGGAGGUAGCACUUUCGAUUAUCUGUACGAAUUCUCAGAGACACGGAAAGUGCUAGAAGAAUUUUUCAAAUGCCCGGCACCGACGAAAGAGAAGGAAAACAAUAUAGAAUCAUUUCCUUUCCAGGAUCUUGAUUAUGAAUUACGAAGACAAGGUGGAAGUGCGUAUGUUGGUCAGCGAUUAGCCAGUGGCCCACCUGCAACAGAGGAGGUUAUGGUACAUGAAUCUCCUAAGAAACAACGGGCGGAAUUUCCACAAAAUACAGGUGAACACGAAAACAAUUUCUUGGACCUCUCGGUAGGUACUGGCAGUAGUGAAGAUCUUGGAGAGACCGAAGUCGGUUUGCAAGUGGGACACUCACGUAAUUUUACACUGAGCCCCGAGACAACUGACUGCGACAGCAAUUGCGGCGAUUUAGACAGUGAGGUGUCCCUCAUGAUGAUGGAUAACGAAUUGAUGCCGGCAAGUGGCCUUCUCGGAUCGGUCGGCGAUUUGGGAAAUAAUUCGGAUUCCUUGAGAAUAUACACUAGCAUGCCAGUGUUAGAGGAUGGUCUGUCUAGCGGACACGCGAGCGACACUGACAACAAUAAUCCCACUGUGAUGCUCAUGAAGCGGCAAAUAAACGAAAUAGAGAAGGAAAUCAUACAGAGAACUCGUAACGACAUGUUAGGCACGAAUGAGAACGAUUCCGGGAAAGAUGUUAGUCUAAAUGUAACAAAGGAUAUUUUACACACGUUGAAAACUACGUCUCCCGAUUUGUUUAUCGCGAAGAAGGAAAAUUCGUACGACACGAACGAGCUGCAACUCGAUGGAUUGGAUCCACUGGGCACCCCGCCGCCGCCGGCACCUCAAGGACGGCAAAGUGUUUCCUUAGACGUAAACUGUGGAGAAGUGGAAGCGGCCAUCAAAGAUAUUAGAAUGGCUCUGCAAAGGACUAAAACUCUACCUGUGAAAUCGCCAUCGGAAGAACCACCGGAACCGAGCGUUAGUCCGAUAUGGAUACCGAGUAUAAUGGAUGGCAGGCGAAGAGUCUGCAUGGAAAGCAAUAGCGAAGAAUCUGACGCGAGACGUAUAGGUGACGAAGCCGAUGUGGAAAUUGAGGAGUGUCCAGACGAGGAGGAGGCAGAUACUGAUCUUGAAACGGAUCGGUUGCUCGGACAACAGAGAACAGACGACCAAGGAUUUUACGAUGAUAAGGGGUGGAGGAAGCCUAAGACUAGGACUAUGUUACCGCCAAUGAAUGCGAAAGUCGCUACUCCAAAGCAAACCCCUCCUAAAACUUUGAGUGUCGCCCCGAUAGAAACGCUAGCGCCUUCCGAGCCCAUACCCUCGACGUCUGCCUCGAUCUCCCCUCCUCCUAUAGUGUCUGUUAUACAAUCGUCGUCUUCUAACGAGUGCGAAGUAGCCACUCCCGCGCAACCUACAUCGAGUCCGCAGAAGACCCCAGUCAAAAACUCCCCCUCAUCCCCUCAGAGCCUCAAGGAAUCCAACAACAAGGUGAAAAAGGAUAAGGAGGGAAAGAAAAAGAGCAGAAACAAAGAAGACUUAUUGGACUAUCCAUCAGUGUUGAUCGAAGGUGUUCUGUUUCGUGCGAGGUACUUAGGAUCCACGCAACUGGUAUGCGAAGGUCAGCCGACGAAGUCGACUCGCAUGUGUCAAGCAGAGGAAGCUGUUUCCAGAAUAAAGGAUGAUGGGCCAGUGCCGAUGCAGGCAACACUCUUAAACUAUGGGGGGCAGCAUGGGUAUGGUCGCUGCAGCAUUGCCUCGCAAGGAAGCCUAGAGGAGGACGAGUGCGACUCGAGCGAAGAACUUAUAGGAAGCGCUUCUGGUGGGGGCCAGUCCGAGUCGCAACUGUCGCAAGCGCUUGGGGCCCAGCCGAAACUGGCCCCGAUCAGUGGCUGCUUGGGGCCCACAACCGUUUUCAGACUACAGUUUCUCGGGUCGGUGGAGGUGGAAGAGGAAGGGGGACGUAAACGGCGUAAGCGCCUUAAGAACCACAUGGUGGAGGAGGCUGUGACAAAAAUAAAGGCGCUGGCACCGGACGGUGAUAGUCAACCAAGCACGGAGGUGGAUCUCUUCAUCUCGACGGAGAAGAUCAUGGUUCUCAACACUGAUCUGAAGGAGAUCAUGAUGGAUCACGCUUUACGUACGAUUUCGUACAUAGCGGAUAUCGGUGAUCUAGUGGUGCUAAUGGCACGGCGACGUUUCGUGCCGCACGAAAUGGAAGAAGUACCGAAAAUCAAUCGCACUCCGAAGAUGAUAUGCCACGUUUUCGAAAGCGAGGAGGCUCAAUUUAUAGCACAAAGUAUCGGACAAGCAUUCCAAGUAGCUUACAUGGAGUUCCUAAAGGCAAAUGGGAUAGAGGAUCAUAGCUUCGUUAAGGAAAUGGAUUAUCAGGAGGUGCUCAAUUCGCAGGAGAUAUUCGGCGACGAGCUGCAAAUGUUUGCGAAGAAAGAGAUGCAGAAAGAGGUAGUGGUCCCGAAGGCGAAGGGAGAGAUCCUCGGCGUUGUGAUCGUGGAGUCCGGAUGGGGCUCGAUGCUGCCAACUGUAGUCAUAGCAAAUCUGGCGCCGGCCGGUGCCGCCGCACGUUGCGGUCAGCUUAACAUUGGUGAUCAGAUAAUAGCGAUUAACGGCGUAUCGUUAGUCGGCCUGCCUUUGUCCACGUGUCAGACUUACAUAAAGAACUCGAAGAAUCAAACAGUCGUCAAGUUAACUGUCGUGCCGUGUGCACCCGUGGUAGAAGUGAAAAUCAAGAGACCUGACACGAAAUAUCAGUUAGGAUUUAGUGUACAGAACGGAGUGAUAUGUAGUCUAUUGAGAGGUGGUAUUGCCGAGCGGGGCGGAGUACGGGUGGGCCAUAGGAUAAUUGAAAUCAAUAAUCAGAGUGUUGUUGCUGUACCGCAUGAAAAGAUUGUUAAUCUUUUGGCUACGUCAGUGGGAGAGAUUUUGAUGAAAACGAUGCCCACGUCGAUGUUUAGGCUGUUGACCGGCCAGGAGUCUCCGGUGUACAUAUAAAAAGCGUUCAGUUGCCUGGCUGAUGCGUAGUGAACAGACAAUACAUCCACCAUCCACUACCAUACUAUCCGCUACCUUUACUGUACAGGUUAUUCUAUGCAAAUCGCUUUGUGUUUUCGAUUCUUAUGGAACGAUUCGGUACAUUACACCAGCUCCUGCUUAGUAAGCGAGACCUAUAUAGGUACGUUACGCAGAAACGUUACUAAAUAUCUACUAAAGCAUAAUUUAUAUGAUUAUCGAUUAUUGUAAGAAAUAUACGUAUAAUACUAAUCAAUGGGAUUCUCUGCAACAUAUAUAUGUUUUCUGAUAUUUUGCGAGAUAGUGUUUUAAUACCAGUCAAUUCCACUCAAUGUACCGAUAUUUGAUUUAUUGUCCGAGUGAUGUAAAAAUGACGGCGAAAUUGCCGCGGUUAUUUGGGCGUUUCAUUUAUUACAAGUUUAGUGAAACGAUAGAGAUAAAAAAUAUUGAUUUUCAGUACACAAUAAGUGGAUGUUACAGAGAAUCGCAUUAUUUGCGCCAAGGAAGAUGAUAGGUGAUGCAAAUGAUACACAUGAUUAUAAAUAGCACAAAGCUCUUUACCAACAGCUGGAGCAGGGCUGGAAUUGUAUAUUACGUAGUUUAAUGACGUAGUAAUAUUUAUAAAAAGGAUCUCCCUCUAUCUCUCGUGGAGAUACUUUAAGCUAAAGCGUUUAUUUAAUCUUUUUUAUUCUUAAGGCCGGCGAAUACUUGCGGCGCGACGCCCUAAUAUAUUAAUUUGUACUAAAAUUACUAUCUACCGUAGUAAAUUUCGGACGCGUAAAUCUCGUGAUAAAUAACGCCAUAGUAAUUAUAUAGAAGAGCACAGUUCUAUACGAAAGAGGAUUUUUUUUACGAGUAGAUUAAUCUGUUUUCGCAAAUUACAUUAAGCUAACUUUCGGUAAGAGAUAAAUAAAUUGCAUGUCAUCGAAUACACGGAAACAUUAGUGAACAAAAACGUUGAUUCAAUCAUCAUGUAUGCCUACAUAUCGCUUUAUUGACGCUAUUCUGUGGUAUAAUACUCACCUGUAUCGAAGAUGAAAUUGUAAUGCAACACAUUCACCGCGCGAUAUUAUUUUUCAAAGAGACGUUUCAAGAGCUUUCAUAUUACGCUAAAUGACUACUUACUCGCGAGAAAAUAGGCAAAUACAAGCUUUUAAAUUUUAUUUGCUCCGAAUAUUACGAAAUUCGUAAAUGCACAAUUUCCUAAUAAAUAUUUAAAGUUAGUGGAAAAUUUUGGAGAAAGGAAAAAUAUAUGUGUAUACGUAUGUAUGUAUGUGCGUGUGUGAAUGUGUGUGAGAUUUGUUUAUUUCUCGCGAAUGGUAGUCAACUGUAAGCUUGCAAGUCAUCUAGUUCCCAGUAUGUUACAUUAAUCUUUCGCUUCUUCGAUCACGUGUUGAUAAAUGUUGAGAAAUGGCUGUGUAUUUAAGAGUCUAGAUUUUAUAGACAUAAGAUUGCACUCUCUCGAUUUAGGCACUUUAGAGUAGAAGCCUUUAAAUUUUUCGACACUUCACGUCCUCCUAGCUCUCUCUUCUCUUCUUGAUAUUUUAUAAAUUUCUCGCUUGUUUUAACAAAGACUCAAUUCAUCUUCAUUGAAUUUUUAUAAAUUCCAAUUGACCAAUUGAAUCCUUAACUUCAAAUUCAUGAUACGAGCUGUUCUUAAAGUUUUACAUUGACAAUUUUUUAAAUACUUAGAUACUUUUACGUCUUUCGCAUUUUUCUCACUGCGUUUCAAAGUAAUGCGCAUCUUAAUUUAAAAAAUAAUAUCUUUAAAUGAUCUCGUGACGUUUUGCAGAUUUAUACAAAAGAUUAGUGUGAAAAACGCUUAAAAAUCUUUUUAGUGAUAUUUAUUUUCUAAUCUUGCGAAAUAAAGUUCCUUUUAAUUCGCUUGUUUCUCGUGCGUUCAGUUCAUAAAGAUAAUUCUAGUAAUAAUCGUAAAAAGGUUUAUAGACGGCACCUUAUCCGUAUCAGCUUGCAGUAAGUCUUCACUCAUCAUGUAUAAUACUUACAUGUAAAAUAUGUAAAUUGUACUCGACUUAAAUGUGGCUUCACUGCAUAUAGGCAUACAAAAUGAAAGCUUCUCCCGACUCGUAAUUCUUUGUCGAUGGAAAGUUUCUUCUAAAAUAUAACAGACUGAUUCACUUCUGUGUGUAAUCUACUAAGAUAAAAAUUAGUUAUUUCAGGAAAACGUAACUCUCUACAGUUAUACUGCUAGAAAAAAAAACGUUCUCUUCUAUAUAAAUACUAUAUGCCAUAAUAAUCUAAGUUUUAUCUAUUUUUGCUGAAGAUUUCUCACCUUUGAGCUACUUUGCUUCAAAUAUCAAGAAGUGUGCAAUAACAAACUUUGAGAUUCCUGAUGUCUGAUAAAAUUUCAAUGCCAAAGUACAUUGAGUAGUGAGGCGUAACGACGCAACAGUGAAAUACGCAUAAUUUCUGAGCUGAAAACUAUUCAGAUUUUAUCUGAGAAUGUGCGAUUAUCUCAGAAACGACGUAUCCUAAUUUGCAAACGAUUAAGCUUGUCUUUAUCUUCUAACAUUUAAAUACAUAGGGCAUUUAAAGAGAAAAGCGUUCGUAGGAUUAAGUAAAGCGUUCACUAAAUAUUAUGUAAAAGAUGCCCAAUAAACAUGCAGAAGGUUAUCUUUUCGAAGAUAGAAGCAAUUGGCUCACUCUUGACAUCAUCCAAACCACGAAUUGUUUCUAUCUACAAAAAGAUCAGAUUUUCAGAGACAUGUUGGUUAAACAUCUUUCGCGUAAAUACGCUCUUCGAACUCUUCCUUUUUAAACAGCCCAGUAUAAGUCAUAGAAUUUGUGUUCACGUAGUAUCAUAAUACGUAUUGUAAAAAGUCAUACGUAAAUUUGUCUAAAUAAUGAGCGCUGAUUUUGUAACAAAUAAACUAGCAAUUAAUUUUGGACAUGUGUUAGAUCGAACAUGUGAUACGGGCAUCUUUCUGCUUCGACAUAAUAGACAUGGAUUCUCUUCGUAUUUAAAUUUAAAUCGACUUUUUGGUUACUAUCUUCAAAGAUCUCUAAUUUGCCAUACAUACGAUAUUUCUUGCGGGACAAUUCUCCGUGGCGUGCGUGAAUAAAAAGAACAUGUAUAUAAAAAAUUUUUCGUUGUCUACGAUACCUACUAGUGAUGUAAAAGCGAAAGUAAGACACGAUGCACAUAGGAAUUAAUAGGAAAAGCCUCGUGAGAAUAGUUACGCGAGAAAUGUCAUGAAAUAUAUGUAUAAAUAUAUAAUAAUUCCAUUGCUUCAUCGAGGAGGGUGUAGCAAAGCAUAUUACGAUGUUGCAUAUCAUGGGGAACCGAUAUAUCAUUGCGGAGACCUUCAUUCAUUACGGACAAAUAUCUAAACGUGUAUGCAGAAAGUAUUAUCGUUUGCCAGAAUCACCAGAGUCUAGAAUAAAUCCUGAUUAUAUGUUAGUUCAUGAAAUGAAUUUUGGCAUAGAAAUUUUAACCAUAUACUUAUUCGACGAGCAACACAGAGCGGUAUGAAUAUAAUAUAUGGGAUCAAACAAGAUGUGUUAUAUAUUGGGUGGCUGAAACUUAUCUAGUCAUUAUGCUAAGAAUAAGAUGAAUAUAAAUAAAGAAAAGUAUAUAUAUAUAUAUAUAUAUAUAUAUAUAUAUAUAUAUAUAUAUAUAUAUAUACAUAUAUAUACAUAUAUAUACAUAAAAAGUUAAUACUCAGCCAUCGCAAGCCACCCUGACUGAAUGUGUCUAGCCACAUUUUAAUAAUAACAUCUGCAACUUGUACUGUCAAUCUGGCCUUGCGUGGUCAUUACUUGUAUGUUCGUUAGAAAUGAAAUGUAUUAUUAUUAAAUUAUUAUUACACAGUCUUCGUUCGUUGACUCAAAUUUUAUUUUGAAAAAAAAAAGAACUUUUAUCUCUCAAUAACUUAAAAAUUAUUAAAAUAUGGCUUAUUAAAAUAUUUAUACGAGCAUAAAUUAUUUAUAUACAUUAAUAAAUGUAUAGGCCAUUUAACAUUAUCUGUUGAUAUUCUAUUGAUAUUUUUCGCUCUAAAUUUAUUUUCUAUAGAUAUUCUUUUCUAGAUUUUCUACGAUUGUUGGUAAAUUAUAUUAUAUAUAAACGAAUGCGAAGAGAGGAGAUCUAGUAAAAUUUGUUCCGUUUAUAAAUUUAAAUAAGCGUACAGUUCGCGUCGAAAGGAGAAAGUUUCGUCGUGUAAUUAUUUCCAAGCAAGACAUUUGUAUCACAGUCCUCUUUAACGAGGGCAAUUCGCGGAUAAUGUCUAAUUUAUGGAAUAUUUCGUUGAUGACAAAGCAUGUUUUGCAUCAUCGAGCCUUAUAAAAUGAAAUAUGAUGAUCGUGCAAAGUCAGUAUGAAUGGUAGAAAAAUUCCAAAAUUGCAGUCGGAAUCGUUAUGAGAUAAUUGAGAGAAAGAGAGAACCCAGCCAUUCAUAAUAAAUAAAAAUAAUUAUCUUACACACACAUAUAUAGAGCUUGCGCUGUAGCUUCACCAGUCAUGAAACAUGCUAUGAGAUAUCAUGACUGUCUUUAUCAAUGUUUGUGAGUGUAUUAUAAGUUAUAAACUAUAAGUGAGCUAUUGAAUGUGUAUAUGGUAUAUGCUAGUCCAUACUAAGAUACAAUAAAAUGUAAUUUUGAAUUCAAA